UCUGAGCAUCCGCCCACUUGAGGCGAACUUCGCAAGUUUAGCUUGUGGGAACUAUCAGACCAGGUCCAGGGACUGGGGCUUCCUCAACAACCCUGCUAGCGUUCAGCUGAUGAGAACAUCCUCAAGCUGAGGAAACUGUGGCUGAAGCCCAACAGAGUUCUGCUCCCUGUCACCCUUCUGCUGAUGGGUGGCUGCUGAGUUUGUGCAAGGCAGAGUAUCUGGUGGGAGAGGAGCUGGCUUGAUCCCUCUGUCAGCAUCUUACAUCUGUUCUGUGGGCAUGCUGGGGCAAGUGCUCGCCCUUACACUCCUCCUGCUCAUCAAGGGACAUCAGGGCCAAGGUUCUCCUGAAAAUGUGGUUGGAAUCUCAGGAAAGCCUGUCUGGUUACACCCCCCCAGCUUACAGACAAAUAUAUACUCUGUUAAAUGGAAGAUUCAACCAUACUCAAAUUCAAGUAAUUGUUUUACAUGGUCUUGGAACAAUAAUUCUGGCCAGAUCGAAGUAAGGGAAACUUUGAGUAAGACUCCAAAUUGUUUCAACAAAAGCUUCAAUUUUACAAAAGACUUCACUCUUCUCAUCGAGGCAGCUCAGCCACAGGACAGUGGCCUCUACAUCCUGGAGGUCACCAAUCACUCUGGGAAUGUUUGGAAACACGAGUUCAAGGUUUCUAUAUUUGAAUCUCUGCUUCUAGAUCAUGUUGAGAAGCCCCACCUGGUGGAGAAGUGGAAGGUCCUGGAUGGGGGCAUUUGUCAAGUGACUCUGUCCUGUUCAGUCACCAGAGGUGGUGAUGUGAGCUAUGCUUGGUAUAAAGGGAGUAAUCUGAUUCAGAUAUCUGGGAACAUCACAGAACUGGUGGAGAACAUUGAUGUCAAUGGUUCGUACUUAUAUACCUGCAAUGUCAGCAAUCAAGUCAGUUGGGCAAACCACAGCCUCCAACUAACGCAGGGCUGUCAGAGUAACCACCAAGACUUCACCUUUCUGGCCAUUUUGGUGAGCAUCGUGAUUCUCCUCGUGGCGCUGUUCCUGGGCACCCUCACCUACCUCUGUGUGUGGAGGAAGAAGAGGAAGCAGUCACGGACAAGUCCAGAAGUUCUGACAAUCUAUGAAGAUGUCAACAACCUGCGAACCAGGAGGAAUCAAGAGGAAGUCACAGCAGUGGAGCUCCUCUUGGUGACCAGUGUGAGGCCCUGUGAGGCCUCAGAGAACAAAGAAGCAGCUUCCUAAAGGUCUACGAUUUGGAAUUAGGGAAUUUAGAAUUAGAGCAGCUCCCCUGGCCUCUUUCCUUGGAAUAAUGGGGCAUGAAAAACUGCAGGAGACUUUGUUUCUCCCAUCACUACUGGAUGAUGGUACAGUUCCUGGGAGCAAGUGCAUCUUCCAACAGUCACUGAUGCCCAAAUACUCAGUAAAAAUAGCCUUUCCUCCCCAGCAGAAUAAAGAUGACUUUAAAUUAGGUAAAAGGAGGACACAGGGGAAACUAACUAUUUAGAGUGAAAGAGACCUGUUGGGGACUGAAGUCUGUUACUCUGCUUCUGACUCAUCUUCCUCCUUUGUGGCCCCAUCUCUCCACGGCCUGUCCCUAGUGUCCCCAGGGUUCUGCUUGAAGGCUUAUAUCUCAAGCUUCACGUGGUCCUGGCUUUGACCUUUCUGGAGAUACUUUAGUCAGGUCUGGGCAGAAGAGAAAAGCAUAAACUUCUGUUUCUUGCCAGACGCCUUGAGUCUAGCCUCCGAGGAUGGCUGAUGCUUCCCUGCUUCUCUCAGUGCCAUUCUGCUUCCGGGGAGUUCAGCUUGUCCCUUGUCUAAUGGACUGUAAUGGGCUCCACGGGCUCUCCCUGAGCCAGAGCUGGCAGUGUGUACUCAGGGCAUCAUGAAAUGCCACACCCCCAGUCUCCUGUGGGGCAGGGCUGAAGAGGGGAGCAGGGAGGGAGUGUGCUCCCUGCCCUGGGCCUUGGCCAGGGCUCCACUCAGCACUACAGCUGCACGGGGCUGGAUUGAAGCCAAGGGCAAGCUGGCCACCAAAGCUGGGUCUAGAGAGGAGGAUUUGGAGCAAUUAGGGUCCCCAGAUUUGUGUCCUUUGAAGUGGGUUGCCAUUUUCUUCUCUAGGGGAUCUUCCCAACCCAGGGAUUGAACCCGGGUCUCCUGCAUUGUAGGCAGAUUCUUUAUUGUCUGAGACACUAGGGAAGCCCCUUCUUAAUAGGUAAGGCUCAGAUUAGAGCCCCUCCCAAAGCUCAGCCCAUUGUCAAUAAUUACACUGCAAAUUUAAUCAGAAAGUCAGCAAAGGCAAGUUUCUAAGUUACCAAAGUAAAGCAAGUUACAGGAGACUCCGUUGGGCAGGGUCAUUUGAUGCAAUUCUUUCACAUCUGGGUGGUUUCUCACUCCUGACACUAACUGCUGCAUGGUGAGUAUCUGUCCCCAUCCUGAGAUGUGCAAGGACCACCUCCUUCCCAUGCUCCCCGGAGCCCCUUUUCUUAUCCUGUUUCUCCCCAGUCAAUUCAAGUCCAGACAGACACAGCUGUCUGCUCAUGUCACCAUAUGUCCCUUUACUAUGUUUU